AAGAGCGAUGAUUGGUUAUAAUUCCGGAAGACUAUCACGUUAAGCCAAUCACAAACAUGGUAGAAGCUAAGAGCUGAGAGUGUUGAUGUGAAGAUUAACUGUCGCCAGCAGCAGCGUUUGUUUGACUUCAUGGACAAAGACAAGAGUAACGACAUUCAUGCUCCGUGCUCCUGGAUGGAGAUGCAUCAGUUCAUUGGCGAGCUCAUCACAUCUGGAAACACCUCCAAGGAUCAGCCAGAUGUGCUGAACGCAGCCUGGGGCAUGAGUGUAGGUGGUGGUGGUGCGACUCUGGGGUUUAAAGCUGCUUCGCUCGAGCCUCUACAACAUCCUCCACCUGCUCAGGACAAGACGGGCGCAGAGGCUGGCCGACACACCCAGUCUGGGUCAACUCAGAGGAAAGGAGAGGCCAGAGACAGGAGAGAAGAUGUGCAUCAUGCCUGCGUCUGCCCUGGCUGCCCUUACUCCACGUCCCCGCCUUCCUUUGAGACUUUAAAACCCAGACAAUCUCUGUCCUCGGCAGCGAGGUCAGACGCUGUGUGCCACCCCAAAGACCUCAGCAGCACAGCUCCGGUCAGCCUCAGCAUGUGCCUCCCGGACACCAUCGAACAAAGCAGCAGUGCCGGCUCAUCUGAGUUAGGGACCAGGACGUCCGGCCGACUGCAGGGGGAGGAUGCAGACAGAGGGGCCCAGAGCUCGGACCAGAACUCAGAGACUCAUCCACCCAGAGCGUCCUCAAGCUCCUUGUCCAGUCUCUCUGUGUUUCCCUGCCUGUGUUGCCACCGCAGCCUCCAGACCUGCGGUCAGUUACCAAGCAGCCCGGAUGGCCCAGACUCGCCAUUUUCUCACACCCACGCCCAUCAUCAUUUUCAUCACCACCACUGCCCUUUGACCUCUUGUUUUUCCUGCCCUCAGCUUGCCCACUCUCACUCCCCGCAGCUCUCUGGUCCCUUUCCCUGCUUCUCCUGCCAGCGCUCCAUUCCCACCUGCCCUCAGAUCUUCCAGCACCAGCACAAACAAACACAGCAGCGGGAGGAGAGAGGUAGGACGACUGCCUCGCUGUUGUCGCUGCAUCCCUGCAUGCACUGCUCUGCCUCCUUUUCACGACCGUCCCAGUUGCUGCAGCACCAGCGCUCCGAGCACACCCACAAGCCAUCGGGCUUCCUCUGCACAGAAUGCGGCAGGGCCUUCAACUCCCAUAGCAACCUGCGCAUCCAUCUCAACGUGCACACCGGAGCCCGGCCUUACACCUGCUCUGACUGCGGGAAGAGUUUCAGCCAAUCAGGGGCCCUGAAGAUCCACAGGCGGAUUCACACAGGGGAGAGGCCGUAUUCCUGUGGAUUUUGUGGCAGAGGGUUCCCCCAUCUCGCAGGGGUCCGAGCCCACCAGAGGACCCACACUGGAGAGAAGCCCUACCGCUGCAGCCAGUGUGGGAAAUGUUUUACGCAGUCGGGGGCUUUGAAGAUUCACACCCGCAUCCACACAGGAGAGAGGCCCUUUAUCUGCAGCCUCUGUGGGAAAAGCUUCUCCAACCGCUCUGGGAUCCGCUUCCACUACCGCACAGUUCACGGCCUGGCGUUUGAACAUGCCGGGGAAGCUGGGGCUGGGGGAGCGCAUCGUGGGGCAGCAGGCCAGGGUCAUCCCAGGACAUUGCCCCCAGCCAGUGUUGGGCGAAAUGCACCUAAUAGGACGGAUAAUGAAUUGCAUCCAGCUGCAGCUUCCAGAGAAUCUGCUGCGUCGACUGCUGCUGAAGCAAGAAACCCGGGCAGUAACAGAGAGGGGCUUCUGUACGCAUGUGAAGACUGUGGCCUGCGUUUUAAAGAUGCUCCAUCCAGGAACAGACACCAGACCCUGGAGCACUACUCCUCUGAGGGGAGAGAUGAGGUGGAGGGGAUUGGAGCAGAGGGACGAGUUAAGAACAAAUGAGCGGGUCCGGGGUAAAAGGGGAGAGUGAAUUAAUGAGAGCUGUUCUGAUACCAUUUUUCCGUUCCCGAUACAGAGUCUAAUACCUGGACUUUGCGUAUCAGCCAAUAACAAAUACCAAUCAGAUUCCACUACAUUUAAUUAAACAACAAGCUGUAAGUUACUAACCUUGCAUGGAAGUGAGGGUAGCUUUCAUUGGUGUCCACAAUUUUUGUGCCACCCUUCAAAACUGAAGUCUUGCACACAAUACGUGCUGCUGUUUUACGUGGGACUGUUCAGUGGGAAAUAUUUCCUAAUUGCUGACAUUUUAGCUAGCUCUGGGUAAUGCUAUGCUACUGGAAAUCACUACUUCUGCUACAGCUGUUUGGAAAAUUGCAGUUUGGGUGAAAAUAAUAUAAUUUAAAGAUCUGGUAUUGGAUUGGUACAUAGAUUUGCUCUCUUGCCGAUGCCUGACCUGACAUUUUUGGCAGUAUUUCCAUUUCUGGUAUCGAUAUCAGAACAUGCCUAGAAUAAAUGUUGUUGGUGCAUCAACAACACCAAAGUUUGUAACAUUUCUAAGUGUUGAAAAAUAUUUGUGUGGAAUAUAUAUAUAGUCUUUGGUAUUUCUACUACAUCUUUUUGAGCUACUAUGUGGAUUUAAAAUACGUUUUCCUUAAAUAGACUUUAAAUUGUCACCCCUUAAAGGAUUGCAAGGAGAGAUUCUAUACACCUAAUAUGCACUUGUUCCUAUUAUCAAAGCAAAAUAGUUUAAAUUAAUAGUUUUUCAGCAUGUUAUUGAUAAAUACUAGAUUUUUCUAUUAGUGAGAUAUUCAGGUCUGUGUAGCUUCAUGCUAUUGGCUUUAAAUCGAUCUGAAAAUAACCUGAAGGACGUCACUGCUGCAAUAACACACCCACACACCAGGCCAAUGUCUGAACCGUUUUUAGAUGUUUUUAUUGUGCCUUAUCCAGCAGUGGAAGAAGUUGUAUUCUUCUUGUUUU